GUAGUGAUCCAACAACGAAUUUAGGUUGUUCGCUUUAUACUUCUAAACAUAUUUGCUGUGCUUCGCCCGAUACAAAUUAUGCCGGCAGAAAAUACGCUACAUUUUACAGAAAUCACGAUCCCCGUAACUUACGGCCAUAUAUCGGGACGUUGGUAUGGUGACCAGUCAGUUCGCCCGCUACUCGCAUUGCAUGGUUGGCUCGAUAAUUGUGGUACCUUUGCUAAAUUGGCACCGCUACUCGUGCGAACAGCUGGCAGUGUGCUAUGCAUCGACCUUCCCGGACAUGGCUACUCCUCACAUCUACCACCUGGAAUAAUAUAUCAUACCAUGGAGUAUGUGCGCGUUAUAAUAGGUUUGAUGAAAUCAUACAACUGGUCCAAGGUAUCGCUAAUGGGUCAUUCCAUGGGUGGAUCAGUGGCGUUUUACUUCACAGCACUCUAUCCAACCAAAGUUGAUCUCCUAAUUCAAAUUGAUGUCGUCAAAAGAGAUAGUUUUGGCCCAGUACUCAACCUAGAUUAUCGCCGAUCUGCAAUGAAUAAAGCGCUGCUAGACAAUGAACGUUUAAUGGAUGCUGCAAUUCUUCAGGAACCGCCAAGUUAUGCGUUUGCCGAGUGUGAACGUUUGCUCCAUAAGGGUUCGGGAAACUCUGUGAAUCUUGAAAACUGCAAAUAUAUUUUGGAAAGGAACUUGAGUAAAUCGCGAAAAUACCCCGAAAAAUAUUACUUUUCACGUGACACACGAGUUAAAUACAUACUGGAUUUUGAGGCAGAAAAGGCAUUUUUCCAAGCCAUGGCAAUGCGUAUUUGUGCGAUUAAAAUUCCGCACUUGGUUAUUAAAGCCGGUGCCUCCACUAAUAUAGGCCCUGAAUCCACAGAGUUGAUUGCUAUAAUGAACGAAAAUAAUCCACACUUUGAAACGCAUGUGGUGCCGAAUGGAACUCACCAUGUGCACCUGAACGAUGCGCCACUUAUCGCCAAAUUGAUCGCGCCCUUUUUGAAGCGCUAUCUCCCACUGGCAGACUUCCAAGUUGAGCAGUCAGGUGCUAAAAAUGAAUUGCUGCCAAAGGGUAAAUUGUGAUCUUGAAAUGCUUGUCUUUAAAUUUUAAUUAAAUUUUAUGGCUUUACUCAUAAAAAUGUGCGCAUAAGCGAAUUGCGCUUAACAUAGCAUAGUACAUGUGGUAGUACUUAAGCUUAUAUGUAUGUAUGUAUGUAUAUGUACUUAUGUAGACUAAUGUAAUGAGAUCAGAGUUCGUUGGUUAAAUAUUUUUUUAUUUUAUUAACAAUUUUGGCACACAGAUGCCUAUGUAGCUUUUUCUUAAUUGUUGUAAA